AACCUUUAGUGCUAAAAAACGGAAAUAAAGCGCAAAAAAAGCCGUCAGUGAGUCAAAGAAGCGCGUGACGAAGAAAUUAGAGUUUAAUCUAUUUUGGGGCGUGAAGAGGAGUAAAAUCAAAUUACAUCCCCAGCGUCACCGAUGAAGUUCCCCCGUUCCACCGACGGAUGCACCAUUCUCUCAUAAAAAAAAUUCAUUCGCAUUUUUUUCCUCUUUUUCGCUUCCACAUCCACAGUGAGUCGACAAGACGCCGGCGUCGUGUCGUCGAGUGAAUCGUGAUAAGUACCCUUGACACGUCGCGGUCGAGUCUACCGUGUGUCCUCACCCUCUCCCCUGCAGCGCCAACAAAAAUUGGUCGUCUCACAGGCUAGAAAAAAAAAACAAAAAACAAGGAGGAAAAAAUUUCGACAGAGUUUCGCCGGAAUUUUUUCGCACCCAGACUGCCCCCAAUUUUUUUACCUCUUGGAUCUGCUCCCUGGAUUUUUAUUUCUCACAUACAUCCAUCUUCAAUCCCCGGAAAUCCUCGAGGCAGCAUCCAAAGAAUUCUGGUCGUCCUUCUCUCGCAAGGAGCUUCAGUGAACACGAAAUCUCGGGCGAACUCAGCGAAAAGGAACCACUGCCGGGAGGAUAACAAGAUGUGAAUUGUCUGCAUCUGUGAAAAAAAAGUAUAAAAACCACCGAUGAAGUCUCCAAGGAACAGUGACAACUAGGGGCUUGACCUCGGCCUUAACCACUCCCCGAAAUGGUGUGAAUACUCGAAACUAAAGUUUACUAAUAAUUUAUUUUUGUGCCGUCCGCAUUCCCAACUGACGGUGAAAAAGGAAAAACAAAUCGCAAAAAUGUACAAACUACUGCGUCGCGGCUCGGGCCGCACGUUUCUACUGUGUGCAGUACUACUGUCGUUACUAUUGUGCCUGUAUUACGUGAGCCAAACACAGGCCCCCUCGUCGGGUCAAGCGCCAGCCCUUCUUGCCGCUCCCGUGGGCGUAAGAUACGAGAGACCGACAACACUUGUGCCAGAUUACAGUGAGGCACCUGAUGCUCGCGUCUCCAUGGCCACCUGUCCGUUACUGCGACCAAGAAGGGCGGAUAUCGAGGCCCAAGAGGAGUUUGAUAAAUUCGACUUCCAGCCGUCUUGGAUGAGAAGCCGGGAGUACUGGGACGACAGCUUCGAAGCUAGGUACGCCGAGCUGAGAAAGGAUCCCAAAAGACCCCCCCUCAAGGUGAUCCUGAUGCCGCACAGUCAUACAGACCCCGGUUGGUUGAAGACCUUUGAGCAGUACUUCCACAGCUCGACCCGCUCUAUCCUCAACAACAUGGUAACGAAGCUCCAGCAGUGGCCAAACAUGACGUUCAUCUGGAGCGAAGUCUCCUUCCUAUCUCUCUGGUGGGAAAGUGCCCAUCCAACCAAGAAGGCUGUGGUGAAACGCUUGGUGAAGGAGGGACGCCUGGAGAUGACCACUGGCGGUUGGGUGAUGACAGACGAGGCCACCUCCCACAUUUACGCCAUGCUCGAUCAGCUUAUUGAAGGUCACCAAUGGCUGAAAUCCAACUUGGGCGUCAUCCCAGAGUCCGGUUGGUCAGUGGACCCCUUCGGCCACGGCUCUACAGUUCCACACCUCCUGAAAGCCUCCGGAAUAAGCGGCACAAUAAUCCAACGAAUCCACUACGCCUGGAAGCAGUGGUUCGCCAAGAAGCAAUACGGUGAUUUCGUCUGGCUGCAGCCAUGGGACCAAAUCGGCGCCUACGACAUCCUGACCCACAAUCAGCCCUUCGACAUCUACAACAUCAAGCACUCCUGCGGUCCGCACCCCCACGUCUGCCUGAACUUCGACUUCCGGAAGAUCCGAGGCGAGUACACCGAGUACUCAGUCCGCGCGGUUGACAUCACCCCGAACAACGUCAAGCAGAUGUCGGAAUUGCUGCUAGAGCAAUACUCCAGAACAGGCUCUCUUUUUCCCCAUAACGUCGUCCUGAUUCCCCUCGGUGACGACUUCAGGUACGACCAACAGAUCGAGUGGGACCAGCAGUACACCAACUACAAAAUCCUCGUCGACUACAUCAACAGUCGUAAAGACGAGUACAACGCAGAGAUAAUCUUCGGAACCCCUAAGGACUAUUUCCACGAGAUCCAGAAACGAACCGAGAAGUUCCCAACGUUGGAAGGAGACUUCUUCGUGUACUCUGACAUCUUCAGCGAGGGGAGACCCGCCUACUGGAGCGGCUACUUCACGACUCGUCCUUAUAUGAAGAUCCUCGACCGAGAGUUAGAAGCGAACCUGCGAUCAGCUGAGAUCCUCUACUCAAUCGCUCUGAACGUGGCUCGUCAGAGUGGCCACGACAUCAAACUGUACGAGACCUACUUCGAGAAGCUGGUGAAGGCUAGAAGGAACCUCGGUCUCUUCCAGCACCACGACGCCAUCACAGGAACGUCAAAAUCCUUCGUCAUGAAGGAUUACGCCCUCAAAAUGUUCGAAUCAAUCUCCGACAUGACUAGUCUCCAAAGCUUCGCUAUACAAUCUCUAGCUGCAACAAACGUAAAGACCAACUCGAUCUACGUUCUACCGGAGUCUGAUAGGGACAGCUAUGAGAAACUACCGAAGAAGAUUCCGAUAACGAUCAACGGUCGAGAAUCAAGGAGCAUCGUUCUAUUCAACUCCCUAGCACAACCUCGACAGGAAAUCGUGAGCUUACGAGUCAAUUCCCACAGAGUCAGAGUGCUGGAUCCCAAGGGGACCCCAGUGCCUUACCAAAUAGCACCUGUUAUGAAUGCAACAAGUAUAACCCACGACACCUACGUUCUCCUCUUCGUGGCUGACCUAAAACCCUUAACCAUAGCUACUUAUCAAGUUGAGCACAUUGACAAGGUCCCAAUGGAGUCAAUUUCCACGGUCUACUGCAACAGAUGCGGUAAAGACACGGUAUUUCCCAUAAAACCGAUGCAGUCGAGUGACAUUCAACUAGAAAACCAUCGAAUGAAGCUUCUUUUCGACGGACAAACUGGAUUUUUAAAGAGAGUCACAAAGAAGUCCUCUGGCAAGGUGAUGCAGUGCGCUAUUCAGUUCGCUGCAUAUGCUUCAGCGCAGUUUCAUUCUGGCGCGUAUCUGUUCAUGCCUGAUCCGAAUCUGAGGGAUCAGGAUAAGGAUAUCUUGGAGGCUUACACUCCGCAUCAGAAGAUCUACAUUGUGUCAGGGAGUUUGAGUUCAAGAUUGACGGUUGAGUAUGGAAAGCUAUUGGCGCAUCAUGUCUCGAUCUUCCAUCAUGAUGGUCCACUGGCGGAAGCCAUCUACCUCAGGAAUGUCGUGGAUUUCGAGACACCUCCCAAGAACAGGGAGACUGAGAUGUUCAUGAGAAUACAGACUGAUAUUUUGAAUGGAGAUCCACCCGAGUUUUACACGGAUCUCAAUGGACAUCAGAUGGUCAAGCGAAGGAAGAUCGAGAGAAUUGGAAUCGAGGGGAAUUAUUACCCGAUCACCGCCAUGACUUACAUUGAAGACAGCGCACACAGGCUGACGCUGGUGGUUAAUCAUGCGCAGGGGGCGGCAAGCUAUCAACCUGGCUGGCUCGAGGUCAUGCUUGAUAGGCGGACUCUUUACGAUGACUCGAGAGGAAUGGGUGAGGGACUACUCGAUAAUAGGAAGACUGUUCUCAAGCACUGGAUGCUGCUGGAGGACAUCGCCGGGGAGAAGGAUCAAUACUCCAAGCCUUCUCUGUUUGCUAAUCACAUCAGCAAUGCUCUCAAUUAUCCCAUCAACAUGUUCAUUAUUGAUGGCAACGAGAGCGACAUUAAGAUGAAACCCGAGGUGAGGCUUUUGAGCCAGAGCUUUCCCUGUGAUCUUCAUCUGCUUAAUUUGAGGACCAAUCAUGAUCAGAAACUGCCACAUUUUCCGGUCAGCAGUGCUUUAAUGGUGUUACACAGACAGGGGUAUAGUUGCGCUGUUGGCGCUGAUGUUACGUUGAAACAUUGUCCACUCAGUGAUAAAUUGAGUUCGGGAACUGGGUUUUAUAAGUUGGGGAGUGUCAAUGUUACGAGGACUACCAUCACUGGGACGAGGAGCAAAAAAUAUCUUGAGGAUGGGUUUAUGGGGAUUAGUCCUAUGCCCAUGGAGAUUGAGACUUAUAAUGUGCAGUUCUUACAGUGAUGAUGUUCCAGGGGGU